AUGGAUAAUUCGGGAUACUCAAGAUUAAAGGAACCUCCCAUUACCCCACCAUCUCGAGUUCAUACAGCUUAUCCACGUGAAAAACACCAGAAAGUGGAAUGCGCUCCUCAGCCAAGUGAUCCAUUCCAAGAUCCAUCGCUGUCUCGACCUUCAUUUGCCGAGCAACGUUUCGAGCUUCCAUCCACACUCUUGAGUCCAUUAAAGGCGCCUGUACCGUCGGAUCAAUUCAAAAAUCCUUUCUUGAAUUUGCUUCCGAAUUCGCCUUUAAAUCCUCGUAGCGGCAACUUUAGUCCCGAAGAAUGGAUUUCGAACCUAGUUGCCUUUAUGGGACAGGAUCCGAGACGAUACCCCAGGAGAAGUGCUGGGUUUUCUUUUGAAAAUCUUAGUGUGUAUAGUUUCAGAAAACCAACUGACUAUCAGAAAAAUGUCGCGAAUGUUGUGCUUGAAAUCGCUGCUUUGGCUCGAUGGUUAGUUGGGUCUGGAAAACAAAAGGUUCAGAUAUUAAAAGGUUUUGAUGGUUUGAUUGAGCAUGGAGAAAUGCUAUUACUUCUUGGAAGGCCGGGUAGUGGGGUUUCUUCUUUACUAAGAACAAUAUCUGGGGAUACUCGUCGACUUUUUAUCGAGCCAGACUCGGAUAUCAAUUACCAAGGAGUCUCUAUGACUGAAAUGCAUCAACGAUUCCGAGGUGAGGCCAUUUAUUUGGCAGAGUCAGAUAGUCAUUUUCCAGAUUUGACCGUUGGUGAGACUUUACUUUUUGCAGCAAAGGCUCGAGCACCACCUGAUUUUACUUUUCCGGGAGUAACUAGACAAGUGUAUGCGGAACAUAUGAGGGAUGUUAUGAUGGCAACUUUAGGUCUUAGUCAUGUUGAGAAAGUACCGGUGGGAAAUGAUUUUGUCAAAGGUAUCACUGAGCAUGAGAGGAAGAGAGUGAGCAUUGCAGAAGCAGCCCUGAGUGGAUGCACACUACAGUGUUGGGAUAACAGCACUAGAGGGCUAGAUAAUUCCUAUACACUUGAUUUUUGUAGGAUGAUUCGACUCUCAACGACUCUUGGAAGAACAACUGCAUGCAUUGCAUUAUAUCAACCUCCUCAGAGUGCUUAUGAUGUUUUGAAUUUCGAGUACCACGGACACCCGAAGAAUUUGUUAUGGUCUGGAAAACAAGUCGUCACUAUGCAAGACUUAUGCAAGAACUCGAAGCGUAUGAAAACGAGUACCCAUUUGAUGGAACCCACGCUCUUGAUUUUGCAGCUGCACGACGAUCUCAGCAAGCAAAGUAUCUACGGACCAAAUCAGCGUACAUGCUCUGUCCAAGACAACAAGUUAUCUUGUGUAUUGGCAGAGGGUUCCAGAGGUUACGUAACGAUAUUAACUCCACGAUAA